GGGUAGGAGUUUGUUGCACGUGGGGUGGUCUGUGUGGAGUUCGCCGACGAUGUAAGGACGCUGGGUGACGUUGGGACAGACCUCAGAGGGUCAGGAUGUGGCUCCCAGUGGCGGGGCUUCCUCCGCGGCUGACGCUCACUGCCUUCACCGGCGCCGGUCGCUCUUGCAUUUUGGGAUCCGGAGCGGCGAGGCGGAAGGACGUCCUAGCGAGGAACCGCCGGGGUUUGUCUGACUUCCACCCGCAGCUGUUGCCCAAUCUGGGUUUCGGAGACUCGCCCUCCUGGGUGUCCAAGUGCCGCUUAGAGCCCAGGCGGUACAUAACCAGUCCGAGGCUGGCUGAGACCUUGGUGCGGGUCCUGCGGGAAAACCGAGAAAAAACUUGCCAGCUAUUCCUGGAGUGCAAUCCGGGUCCUGGAAUCCUGACUCAAGCAUUACUUGAAACUGGUGCCAGAGUGAUUGCCCUUGAAAGUGAUAGAACUUUUAUUCCACAUUUGGAGUCCCUAGGAAAAAAUCUGAAUGGAAAACUAGAAGUGGUACACUGUGACUUCUUUAAACUGGAUCCUACAGAUUAUGGAACAGUAAAACCUCCUAUUAUGAUUUCGAAGAUGCUUUUUCAGAAUUUGGGAAUACAAGCACUUCCUUGGUCAAAAGGUAUCCCUUUAAAAGUAAUGGGAAUCUUCCCAAUUAAAAAUGAGAGAAGGACACUUUGGAAACUUUUACAUGACCUAUAUUCCUGUACUUCUAUAUAUAGAUAUGGACGAAUAGAACUGAAUAUGUUUAUUAGUGAAAAGCAAUACCAGAAAUUAAUGGCAAAUCCCAAAAAUCCAAACUUGUAUCAAGCAUUAAGUGUGCUCUGGCAAGUAGCUUGUGAGAUUAAGCUUCUGCAUAUGGAGCCUUGGUCAUCAUUUGACAUAUACACCCAAAAUGGACAACUGGAAAAGCCAAAGAGUAGGGAAUCAUUAGAAGAAAUACAACAAAACCUGUGUUUAGUUCAAUUGACUCCUCGUAGAAAUUUAUUUACAGACAACUUAACACCUGUUAACUAUGAUGUAUUUUUUCACAUGUUAAAGCAGUGUUUUAUGAAGCGUAAUGCCAAGCUAAUAGACCAUUUACAUUCAUUGAGUCCAGUUGAUGCAAUGGAUAUACUGAAGAAAACAAAAAAAAAGGAAAAAAUGAAAAUAACAAAUUUGUACCCUCGAGACUUUAAACAGCUUUUUGAAACUAUAGAGUGUUCCAAAGAUUAUACCUGUAAAUGGCUAUAUGAUGACUUCAUGGAUGACAGAAUCGUGUAAGGAACAAGACAUUAGCUGGAAUGUUCAUUUAUUUGGCAAUUAUGACACAAAUGAAAAAGAACAAAGUUUGAAAAGGUCAACAUCCUUUCAACAGAGGAUAACUGUUCUUGUUUUGCACAGACUAGGCAGAUCAUUUCUUCUGAGGUUGAUAUCAUUAGCAUAUUGGAUAAAACAGUGGCCGCUGUUUUUAUUCACAACUGAGCAAAAUGAAAACUUCAGUUAAUUAUGGAUUUGAUCAGAUUGGAUUUGUUUUGUUUUAAAUUCUUAUCUACUGUAAACAUACUGCUAGUUGUAGGGUAUUGCCAGAUGUAAUUUAGUUUUAAAAAUCCUUUUGGCCAGGUGUCUUAUCUUACAUUGUAUUAAUUUAAAUAUUGCACUUCCACUGUUGAUGUUUGCAUCCUCCUGGGGGGCAAAAGAGUUUGUACAUCAUUAAGCUUAGAAAGUAAAUUAAACUGAUUUAAGUGGUUUGUUUUACUUUUCAGUUUGUUGAAAUGUAUUAUGAAGUCUGUACAAUGAAAUUAUUUAAAUUUUAGUAUGGUUUAAACUUUUUUGGAAAUUAAAAUAUUUUAAGUAAUAAGA